UUGUUGCCACAGGCAGCACUUGGCGUUGCUUUUCUGGCUUAUCAAUGUUGUCAGAACUCCACUUUCAAAACAGAGGUUUUAUAAACGGAGACGGUCAAUAAAACAACCGUCUUCCUGAAAUCACUUCUUCAGGAACCAUGCAGUGGAACUUAUUUCGGGAUAAAACCUACAAUUUCGGAGUGACUCUAUCGAGUUUAAUGGAUACGAAGCUGGAUAAACAAGCUAACAUUAGCAUGUAACUACGGAAUAACUUUACACUUCAAAACGCAGUGCGGGUGCACUUAUAUGGAUUAACAGUUAGUUGAUUAUUUACGAAGCAGCGGUUUGAUCAAAACACCUAAAGCAAGUACUGUUUCACCCUGGCUGUGUUUUUAAGUGGUCGAGUCGAGGAUUUCUCGGACAUGUCCUCACCUCGCACCACAUUCCUUCUCCACCACUGGGCAUUAUGGCAGAGAGAUUUCCUCUGGCCGAGAAGGCCAUGUCGGAGGGUUUCGCUCGCCUCCGGUACAAAGACACAUCGCUACUCAUUUGGCAGCAACAGCAGCUAGAGCUUGAGAAAACACCGACCAACUACCUGAACCGCAGCCGCAGCACCUGGUACAGUCAGUACGGCAACCAGGCCGUGGUAGUACGGGACAAAAACACGCUCCAUGAGCCUGCAAGCGGCUCCCGCAUAUGCUCUGUUAUGUAACAGUGUUCUAGGAUUAUAUCUGUUUGUAGGCAGCGUGACAGAUUCUCGUCGCAGUUUCUCAUACUGUCCUAGGAGUAGUUGAACGCAUUUAGAAAUUUAAUAUGAAAGCUAUGUUCCGACUUUCACCUGUCUGCCUGAUAUUUGAGACUCAUAGGUACCAUACAAACAAUUUGAUCGGAUUGAGCAAGUGAAAACCCUCUACACAUACACCUGUGAUACAGUGUACCAGCUUUUCUUCAGUAUUUUGCAUAAUAUUCACCCCAAAUAUGCACAAAACACAGUAAAUUAAAGGAACUGGUGAGUCAGCAGA